GCCAUGGCCGCCUUCGGCCUCCUCCUCCUCCUCCUCCUCGGUGCUGCCGUGGUGGCUCCGGAGCGACCCCAGCAUGUGGCACAGGAGAGCCUGGUCCUGCAGCACCCCCACAUCGAGCAACUGCUGCAGGAGGAGGUGGCCCCCCCGCUGCUCCCCGACAUCCUGGCGGCGGGUGCCACGGCCCCCCGCGCCUCCCCCCCGCCUGGCCCAGCAUCCUGGACGGUUUCCCCCCCGCCUGGCCCAUGGCCCCCGCCGUCACCCGUCACUGCCGCCAGCCCCCCGGGCCCCCCCGACCCGCGCGCUGCCCCCCACCGCCUUCGCCCACCUGCGCCGGCAGGCAGCCGCGCUCGACGCCUUCCGUCCACGCCUCAACGCCUGCUGCCACCACGACACGCCGCUGCCCUGUGCCCGCCGCGCCUGGAUGGAUGUGCUGGAUGGAUUCUGCACCGAUGAAUUCGGGGUGAAGACGCGGCAGUUCCACUGCUGCCGGCAGCAUGGCGCGGCACGCCGCCGCUGCUUCGCCCAGGGCCCCGACGCCAUCACCGAGGCCGCCGCCACCGCCGUCGUCGCCGUCUGGGACCCCGUCGCCGAGCCGCCCUUUCCCCCCGGCGAGCCCACCGCCGCCAACAUGGGCAACAUCUGCCAGUUGCGGGGGUUGCGCCCCGGCCCCCCCGGCCCCUCCGGCCGCUCCGGCCCUCGCGUCCGCCUGCGCCUGCGCCUGGAGCGUGACUACGGCCGCUGCUGCCGCAACGGGAGCCUCGCCUGCGCCCAGGACGCUUGGCGGAAGGGGCUGGAGCGGUUCUGCCGGGAGGAGGCGGCGGUGAAGACGGGGCAGCACCGGUGCUGCCAGCGCGGGGGGGGCCGUGCCCGGGGCCGCUGCUUCGCCGCCGCCGCCCCCCACCCUGCCUACGACCGGGAGCUGCACAACGUCAGCCUGGCCCGGCCCGGCCCCGCGCUGCUCCGCUCCCUCUGCGGGCCCACCCGCCUGCUCACCAAGAGGCGGCCGGUGCCGGAGCUGCUGGGUGCCAUGACGGCCGCGUGCUGCCCGCUGCCCCCCGAGGAGCAAAGUGCCUGCGCCCAGGAACAGCUGUCCCAGGGCAUCGCCACCCUCUGCGCCACCCCCCGGGACGCCUGGCGCGACCCCCAGGGCUGCUGCUCGCGGGGGGACCCCGAGCGGCGUCACUGCUUCGACACCACGUACCUGGCCCAGGUGACCCUGGGGGCCGCCGUGGCCCCCCCGCCCCCCGGCUACAAGGAGUAACCCCCCCGGGGGCAAGGGGGGGCAAUAAAAGCGCUGUGGUGUCACCUC